GUCCCAGCUCCCUGCCCUGCGCGCUUCAUCUGCUGGAAGCGUCUGUAGAAAUCCCGACACACCUGUCCUGUCAUCACCGGUCCACAGGCGCCGCAACACGCCAGCCAUGUCCUUCCAAAUGUCUUCAGGGGCCCCCAGUUGGAGGAGCAGUGCCUCCAGCCAGACCGGAGAGUCCAGGCUGUCCGGGUCCCGGCUCCAGGCUCUGCGCUCCGGGAUGGACCUUCCGUCCCUGAGGUCCUCCAUGGACUCCUCUCUCCUCACCAUGCGCUCCAGCAUGGACUCUCUGCUCCAGAACAACCACCAGGAAGCCAUGCAGGGGCUCAACGAGCGGCUGGCGGGCUACCUCCAACGGGUCCGGGGGCUGGAGGAAGAGAACCGCAAGCUGCAGGAGGAGAUCGACGAACGAUCGGCGCAGAAGAGUUCGGUGGCCCGGGACUGGGACACGUAUCAGGCGCCACUGCAUCAGCUCCGCAAACAGGUAGAAGAUCUGAACAUGGACAACGCUAAGCUCCUCUUGCAGAUUGACAAUGCCAGAUUGGCAGCGGAUGACUUCAAAGUAAAGUUGGAAGCAGAACAAGCCAUAUGUGACGGGGUGCAGAAGGACACACAGGGCCUCCGCAAGAUGAUAGAUGACACCAAUUUCCAACGGAUGAAGCUGGAGGCUGAGGUGGAGGCACUGCGGGAGGAGCUGGCCCACCUUACUCGGGAUCACAAGGAGGAAGUAGCCGCUCUUCAGGCCCUCAUCGCCAACAACGAUGUGAAGGUAGAGGUGGACGCCCCCAAGAAAGGCGACCUGAACGACAGCAUUGCCCAGAUCCGCAGCCAGUAUGAAAAGAUGGCCGAGCAGAACCGCUUAGAGGCUGAAAAUGCCUACAAAACGAAAUUUGACGCUUUGUCCCAGGAAGCGAAUUCGAACACGAAAGCUCUUGAACAAGCCAAGAAUGAAGUGGCGGACCUGCGCCGUCAGCUGCAAGCUUUAGAGAUGGAGCAUCAGACCCUGCAGAAGACGGUGGAUUCUUUAGACCACGUCCUGAAAGAUACAGAAGAUCACUACGCCUCCCAGUUAAUGGAACUGAACCGAAUGCUUGCCCGACUCCAAGACGAGCUGGCCGCCUGCCGAUCCGACAUUGAGCGCCAAGUUCGAGAUUACGACGCCCUGCUGAACUUGAAGUCCAAGUUGGAGAAUGAAAUUCACGACUACCGAACGCUGCUGGAGGGUGUUACCGACAAAGAUGGACCCGAGACUCCGGGACAAGGGGCACCGAAAACGGUUCAGAAAGUGACAACAACCCAGCAGGAGAUCAUCGAUGGGAAAGUUGUGUCCUCAUCAUCAAAGGAAGUUGUUAAAUAAAAAACCAUUGUGAUGAAAGAUUGGAACUUCUGUAAAUAAAAACUGCAUUGCAAUUAUUUUUUAUUA